AGUUCGCAUGAUACUCUAGUUUUAAUUAAAUUUAUGUUAAAAAAAAGUUAAAAUAAAAUGUCCCAAGAGCCAGAAAUUGCUAAAGAUGCUGUACUCAAAAGAAGUGAAGCCAUACCGGAGGGAACACCACAAGUCAGAGGCUAUGAUUUCAAUGAGGGCAUUAACUAUAGUAAAAUGUUUGAGUCAUAUUGCAAUACCGGAUUCCAAGCUACUAAUUUGGGAUUGGCCAUAAAGGAAAUAAAUCGUAUGUUGGAUUGUAGAUCACAACCAUUAACCGAGGAAGAGUUGGAUAAACAUGAAACAGACGAGUUUAUUAAGAGAAAACAUAAUUGUACUUUAUUUUUGGGCUUCACCUCUAACCUGGUGUCCUCUGGCAUGAGAGAAACUUUGAGAUAUUUAGUAGAACAUAAAAUGGUUGAUUGUGUAGUAACUACAGCCGGCGGUGUGGAAGAAGAUUUCAUUAAAUGUUUAGCUCCCACAUUUAUGGGUUCCUUUGAGCUACCUGGUCGUGAUUUAAGAGACCGUGGCAUUAAUCGUAUUGGCAAUCUGUUAGUGCCUAACGAUAACUAUUGUAAAUUUGAAGAUUGGAUUAUGCCUUUGCUGGAUGAAAUGCUAGAAGAACAGAAGUCAAAAGGCACAGUUUGGUCACCUUCACGUAUCAUACAUCGUUUGGGAGAACGUAUAAAUGAUACAUCGUCUAUUUACUAUUGGGCUGCCAAAAAUAAAAUUCCCGUGUUUUGUCCUGCAUUGACAGAUGGUAGUCUUGGCGAUAUGAUGUAUUUCCACUCCUUCCGCCAUCCCGGCCUAGUGGUCGACAUACUCUCCGAUUUAAGGCGUCUUAAUACUAUGGCGGUAAAGGCCAAAAAUUCCGGUAUGAUUAUUAUUGGCGGUGGUGUUAUUAAGCAUCAUAUUUGUAAUGCUAAUUUGAUGCGUAAUGGUGCUGAUUUUUCGGUUUUCAUUAAUACUGCUUCGGAAUUCGAUGGCAGCGAUAGUGGCGCAAGACCUGAUGAAGCCAUCUCAUGGGGUAAAAUACGCAAAGAUGCCACGCCAGUUAAAGUUUAUGCUGAGGCCACUUUGGUGUUUCCUAUAAUUGUUGGGGAAACGUUUGCUAAAAGAGUAAAUGCUCAUAAGUGUAGUUAGAAAAUUGUAUAUUCAAUGUACAUAUUUGUCAGACUUAAUGAAAAUUUUAUAAUUUUAAUAUAGAAUAUUUUUCUAUUAAUAAAAUAAAGUAUUUUUGAAUUUUAACAUCCAA